UUGUACAAUAUGGUACGUCACUCACAUCAUUAAGUAAUAUCUUAUUUAAGACGAUAAUUGAUAUUUGAAAAGAGUAAUAAUGAACUAAUUAUAGUACAUAAGAUUAAAUUGGAGUACUAAUAUUUAUACUUCAAAUGUUAUCUCUUUCUUAUUUAUUAUUCCUAUUUUUACCCGAGUUAUGUUUAUGAUCUACAUGUUACCAAGACUGUUUAAGUUUAAGAUUUUUAAACGAGUACAUAGAUACUUUAAAUAUUUACAAUGAUGUCUUUAAAAACUAGCAAACUGUAGUGUAUUGUAAUAUAAUAAGAGCUACAUUAGCUCUUGCUGUAGAAUUCAAAGAGAUGUUGUAGGAAACUGAACAUUCUAAACGUAUGUAAUAUUUGGCAGACGUAUUCAAGAAAGGUGAUGAUGACCCGCUGACUAUAAAAAAAAACCAGUGUUCAGUAAGUGCUUGGGUACCCAAGUAUGAAGUUAUUUUAUGGCAGACGAUGUAUGAAUGAAAAUAUACCUUUUGUGAAACAAUAUUUAAAAUAACCCUUUGCGAUGUAUUGAAGGUGGUGCAAUCAUCAUUUCCAUGAGGACAUUUGGUUGGAAGUAAUAGUUUAUCUGCAUGGACUUUUUAAGUUAACGUGUAUGUAAAAAACGUAAAAUCAAUAAUGACUGAUUGGGAUAAAGAGAGCAAGGGUCCUGUUCCUCCCCGUUGGUUACAUUGCCCACGUAAAUCAAUUAAACUGAUUCAUGAUAAAUUUUUGGCUUUUAAGACUCCACUGUCCUCAAAAUAUAACGAUCAAGUAUCCGAGGAGUGUCGUUUUACGGUAGCAAUGCUGUUAGCUUUAUUAAAAAGUGAGCGGCUUAAGCUUGGACUUUGGAUUGACUUGACUAAUACUUCAAGGUUUUACGAUAAAAAAGAAGUGGAAAAAAAUGGUGUUCGGUACUUAAAACUGCAAUGUAGAGGUUACGGAGAACCACCUUCACGUGAUCAAACAAAAACUUUUGUGCAAGUUUGUAAAAAUUUUAUUGCUCAUAACCCGUUAGAAAUAAUUGGUGUUCAUUGCACACAUGGAUUUAAUAGAACUGGAUUCCUUAUUGUCAGUUAUCUCGUAGAAACUGACGAAUGCAGUCUCGAUGCAUCUUUAGUAAAGUUCUCUGAGUCCAGACCACCAGGAAUAUAUAAAAAUGAUUAUAUCAGAGAACUGUACCUUCGAUAUGAUGAUAUUGAAGAUGCUCCUGAUCCACAUCCUCGUCCUGCAUGGUGUUUGGAAUAUGAUGAUUCUAAUGCAGAUGAUCAAAAUGAUUCUACAAGUGAAAACACUACUUCUUUAGAACCUGCUUUUAAAAAGCGCCGAACAGAAAACUUCAACAAGAAUCCAGUUUUUAUGGCUGGUAUACCAGGAGUCAAACCCAUCUUAGAUUUUCAAAAAGCACAUGUUAUUCAACGUCGAGUUCAAGUUAUUUGUGAAUGGAAAAGUACCGGUUUUCCGGGCUCGCAACCAGUCACUUUAGAUUUUGAUAAUUUACGUUUACUUCACGAGAAACCUUAUAAAGUAUCAUGGAAAGCUGAUGGCACUAGGUAUAUGAUGUUUGUUUGUGAAGAUGGUCAAGUUUAUUUCAUCGAUCGUGACAAUAGUAUUUUCGAAGUUGAUGGAUUGACUUUCCCUCAUGUUAGAGAUCGUAUGAGGAUGCUUAAAGAUACUCUUCUAGAUGGAGAAAUGGUAAUAGAUAAAACUGAUGGUAAAGAAUAUCCUAGGUACCUUGUUUAUGAUGUUCUUAUGUACGAUGGUAAGGAUGUUAAAAAGUUGAAUUUUCAUCCAAAUCGCUAUCAUAUUAUUGAAAAUGAAGUAAUAGCUGGAAGAAAACGAGCAAUGCAAGAAGGCCGAAUUAUCAGAGAAAAAGAACCUUUUUCUGUUAGAUUAAAGGAAUUUUGGCCUGUAAUUAAUGCGGCUAAGCUUCUUAGUAAUGAGUUUGCAAAAAAAUUAACUCAUGAACCAGAUGGACUGAUUUUCCAACCAGCCAAAGAACCUUAUAAAACAGGCCAAUGUCUAGACGUUUUAAAAUGGAAACCAGUAUUUUUGAAUUCCAUGGAUUUUAAGUUAAAAAUAGUUGUUGAGUCUGGGGAAGGGAUACUCAGACGGUCGAUUGGUGAACUAUAUGUUGGUCAGUUGGAUGUUCCAUUUGAUAAAAUAAAAUUAACAAAACAAUUAAAGGAAUUGAAUAACAAAAUAAUAGAAUGCAAAUAUGAAAACAACCAGUGGAUAUUUAUGAGAGAACGAACUGAUAAAUCGUUUCCGAAUUCCUAUGCUACAGCUAAAUCAGUGUGUGCGUCUAUUUUCAACCCUGUAACGUCGGAAAAACUUUUGGACUUCAUAGCCAAAUACAGAUUUUCCGACGAUCAAGAACUUAUGCCCCCUCCUAAAAAACGAUGAUUAUAUUAGUUGUUAAUUUUUAUUAAUGUUCCUAGAUGUACGCAGAACAAAUAAAAAUUCUUUUUAUUUAUAUA